AACCGGAUAUCCGGUCCGCAGCGCGGGAGAUUCAGGAGAAGAGGAAGGAACCGGAAGUUGUACGUUGUACCGCUAACCUCUCCUCGCGCGCUGAAGUACCCCGUGUACUUAAUACUCCGCGUACUUAGUACUCCGUGUACUUAAUACUCCGCGUACUUAGUACUCCGUGUACGUUACACCUGUGUGUGUCUGUGCGCGUGAAGAUGCCCUGCGACAGGAAGCCGAUGCGCUACGGGCACUCGGAGGGACACACCGAGGUCUGCUUCGACGAGUCCGGGAAGUUCCUGGUGACCGGCGGCAACGAUGGAGACGUUCGUAUCUGGGACGGUCUGGACGACGACGACCCGAAGUUCAUCACCGUCGGGGAGAAGGUGUACUCGCUGGCUCUCAAGAACGGCAAGCUGGUGACGGCGAGCUCCAACAACACGGUGCAGAUCCACACGUUCCCCGACGGCGAGCCGGACGGCAUCCUGACCCGCUUCACCACCAACGCCACGCACGUCGCCUUCAACGGCAGCGGCUCCAGGGUCGCCGCCGGCUCCAGCGACUUCAUGGUGAAGGUGGUGGAGGUGUCAGACAGCAGCCAGCAGAAAACGCUGCGGGGCCACGAGGCGCCCGUCCUCAGUGUCACCUUUGACCCCAAAGAUGACUUCCUGGCGUCCGCCAGCUGCGACGGCUCGGUGGUGGUUUGGAAUAUCGAGGAGCAGUCUCAGCUGAUCCGCUGGCCUCUGCUGCAGAAGACCAACGACGUCAGCAACGCACCGUCCUUGUGCCGGCUGGCCUGGCAGCCGGCGGCGGCCGAGUUUUUAGCGGUUCCUGUCGAGACGAAGGUGCACCUGUACGAGCGAGGGUCCUGGAAUCAUGUGAGCACGCUGUCCGACGACCUGCUGACACAGCUCGUCAAUGUGGUGGUCUGGUCUCCGUGUGGUCGCUUCCUGGCGGCCGGCGGCGUGGGGGGGUCUCUGACGGUGUGGGACGUGAGCAGCAAGCUCUGCGUGGAAAGGCAGAAGCACGAGAAGGGCUUCACGGUGUGCGGUCUGGCCUGGAGCCCGUCGGGCAGCCAGCUGGCCUACACCGACACGGAGGGCUGCCUGGGGCUGCUGGACGGACUCGGCUCCUCCGGCUCCUCCUCCGGCACCACGCGGGCGAAGAAAGCCGCGAAAGACUUCGACGACCUGUUUGACGAUGACGACGACCGCCCGAUGGACGAAGGGCUGAGCGACGGCCACUCGCCGGGCAAGAAACCCCACGAAGACGACGAAGACGAAGACGACUUCCACGUGCCGGCGACGGGGCGGGCGAGGAACCGAGGAGCGAUCCUGGACGACGAGAACUCGCUGGACGCCGGCUCGGUGACGCUCAGUCGGGACAAAUACGACGUCGCCGAUGGCGGCGCCGUCUUGCCGGCCGCCGCCGCUCCGGCUCCGCCCCUUCGCCCCGCCUACGAGGGUCCCCUGCCGACGGCGCCCCAGAAGGCCUUCCAGCCGGGCUCCACCCCGGCUCACCUCACGCACCGCUUCAUGAUGUGGAACUCGGUGGGGAUCAUCCGAGGCUACAACGACGAGGAGGACAACGCCGUGGACGUGGAGUUCCACGACACGGCCGUGCACCACGCCAUGCACCUCACCAACUCGCUGGGUCACACCAUGGCCGACCUUUCCCAGGAGGCCGUGCUGCUGGCCUGCCCCGGCACGGACGAGCUCGCCAGCAAGCUCCAGUGCCUCCACUUCUCGUCCUGGGACACCAAUAAGGAGUGGAUGGUGGACCUGCCGCCGGGCGAGGACGUGCGGGCGCUGUGCCUCGGCCGGCGCUGGGCGGCGGUCGCCACCAGCGCGCUGAUGCUCAGGCUCUUCUCCAUCGGAGGAGUCCAGAGGGAAAUGUUCAGCCUGCCGGGGAACGUGGUCUCCAUGGUGACGCACGGAGAACAGCUGCUCAUCGUCUACCACCGGGCUCCGGGCUUCGAUGGGGAUCAGGCUCUGGGCGUCCAGCUGCUGCAGGUCGGUCGAAGGCCGAAGCAGCUCAUCCACGGCGAGCCGCUCCCCCUGUCCCCCCGGACCCACCUGGCCUGGCUCGGGUUCUCCGCCGAGGGGACCCCGUGCUACGUGGAUUCGGACGGGGUGGUCCGGAUGCUGAACCGUUCCCUUGGCAACACGUGGACGCCGGUGUGCAACACCAGAGAAACCUGCAAGAGCAAAUCGGACCACUACUGGGUGGUCGGGAUCCACGAGAACCCUCAGCAGCUCAGGUGUAUUCCGUGUAAAGGCUCCAGGUAUCCGCCCACGCUGCCCCGGCCGGCGGUGGCCAUCUUGCCCUUCAAGCUGCCUCUGUGCCAGACCUCCACGGAGAAAGGACUGAUGGAGGAGCAGUACUGGCGUUCAGUCCUCUUCCACAACCACUUCAGCUUCCUGUCGUCCAGCGGCUACGAGGUCGACGAGGAGCAACAAACUCGUUCCCAGAAGGAGCAGCAGGAGCUCCUCAUGAAGAUGUUCGCUCUGUCCUGUAAGCUGGAGAGAGAGUUCCGCUGCGUGGAGCUGGCGGAGCUCAUGACCCAGAACGUGGUGACGCUGGCCGUCCGCUACGCGGCGCGCUCCCGCCGCAUGGCGCUCGCCCAGCGGCUCAGCGAGCUCGCCCUGGAGAAGGCCAAUCAGAUGCAGGAGGAGGAGCCAGAGGAGGAGGAGGAGGAGCCAGAGUCCUCCGCCGGCAGACGGCCCUCUGGGUCUGAGGUCACGGGACGACGUCAUAGCAACAGACGUCAUCAGGAGGAAGAGGAGGAAGAGGAGGAGCCAGUAGAAGAGCUCAGAGAGGAAGAGGAGGAUGAAAGGGAGGAGGAAGAAACCAGUAAAUGUUCUGCAGGUGGGAAUCCAUUUGUCAAAGAAACCGGUUCACCUGGAACUCCUUCUGUGACACCAAUUGGUAAAGUCGGCCGUGCGAAUCCUUUCAAGGUCCUCGGCUCGGGGAAGCCCUCGUCUUCGCCGGCUCAUCGAGCGACCAGCAUCCUGGACAACAUGGCGUCCGGCAGGAAGUCGUCUCCGCUCGCCGGCUCGGUGGGGAAACCCAACAAAGGGCCCGUCCUCAAGCCGCUGGCCCCGCGGCCCAAAACCAAGACUCAGUCCACUCUGCUGCAGAUGACGAGCCUGAAGAAGAAGACGACUCGGGAGGUCAGUCAGCCGGCUGCCGAGCAGCAGAAACAACCAGAAGCCCCGCCUCCAGCCCCGCCUCCAGCCUCUCCCGCAGACAACGCAGAAAAUACAAGGCCCAAGACCGGCUUCCAGCUGUGGCUGGAGGAGAACAGGAAGAGCAUCAGCGCCGACCAGCCGGACCUGGAGGAGACGGACGUCAUCAAGGAGGCCAUGGGCCGCUUCCGGACGCUGACGGCCGAGGAGCGCCUGUCGUGGACGGAAAGAGCAAAAGGCCAAACUGGAGACGAUCUGAAGAAGAGGAAGAGAGGAGGAGGAGAUGGAGGAGGAGGAGAUGGAGGAGGAGGAGAUGGACAGGCGGAAGCAGAUGAAAAUAGUGCCAAAAAGAAGAAAUCUUUGGAUCCCUCCGCCAAGCUUUCAGCGUUUGCUUUUAACAAAAACUGAACGUUUUAAUUGUUCUGCUUCUUUGGGGUCGAUGGAUCGGUUCUCCUUGAGGUUCUCCAGCAGAACAUUUAAAGCCCUCGUGAUGCCUCCAGAGCUGCUGAUUGAUCCAAUGAGCCGUCAUCAAUAAUGUUUUGGUUUUGUUUGUAUUUUUCUUUUUUACAUUCAUAACGUUUUGUUCUCUGCAUUUUUAAAAGUUUAAUAAAUGUAAAUGUUCUUGA